GGCUGUAGCAGAGUUCGUGGAAAGCUACAUGAAACCAACCAAGAUAACCUGGAACUUCUGAGCACCAGAAUGGGAGCAAACAUUCCUCGAGAGUGCAUCAACGAUGUAAUCAGCUUCUCAUCCAGAUCAGGUGAAGACAAUCUUCCAAACAUUUAUGAAUACCAGCCAGGAAAUGCCACAGUAGCCGCAGAUGAAAUCCUCCAACAGAUUGUUUACACCUUGAGUCAAAACCAUGAGAAUUUGUCUUGGGAUGACAAAUCCAUAGCUGUUUUCAAGUUGGGAUUGGCCCAGGAAAUUGUGACACUGGGAUCAUGUUUGCACGGAGGGAUGGAAGAUACUAGAAAUGCAGUGAGGAAAUACUUCAGACAAAUCAAUAAACUUCUGAAGGAGAAGGAGUACAGUGAGUGCGCCUGGAAGAUUGUCCAGAUGGAGAUUAGGCAGAGUUUAACGAUGGUUGAUCAACUCAUCGCAAUGUUCCCCAAACAAAGCUGUCACCAGACCAAAGAAGGAUGA